AUGACAUGGGAGGUUCAGUCCAGGCGUGCGCGUCAGACGCAGUCAAAGUUGGACGCAAAGCUUACCACGUACUCGCAAUAUGUUUCUGAACUUGCUCGUGGGAUACAGCCUGUGGUGCCGUCGUCCGUGUCGGCAGCCCCCACAUUUAGUACACCCGAUCAUGCUGUCGCUGUAGAUAUAAACGGUGGUAGCUCGGCGCCGAAGGAUCAUACAGCGAUGGAGACCGACAUCCAAAGCCUGCUUGUACAGUAUUCAGAAGAAAUUGACGAGCUUUCCUCUUCAUUAAAUGACCCACUUCUCCCACCUAACACUACACAACUGCACUUAGUCCAACGUCACCGUGAACUGCUCGUUGAGUUUGAGCGUGAGUUCUUCCGGUCCAAAACGCACGUGCGCCAAACACUUGAUCGGCAGCAACUAUUGGGACAUGUGAAACAAGACAUCAGGUAUGUGUCAAAAGUUAGAUGCUGCUUCAUUGUGCGCUUACACACACACGUAGCGACUACCGGACCCAGCAUGCGUCAGAAAUCCAGUCAUUUUUAG